AUGGCUGUGGACGGUGCAGUGGAGAGCCUGGUCUUGAAGUAUGGCGAUGAGCUACGAACGUUCCGUGUAAUCUCACUUGAUCAGAUCUCAAUGGCAUCUCAGGACAAUGAAGACGAAUCCCUCGCACAGGCUUUGGCAGCAGCAAUUCCAGGCGGUUCUGACGACAACAUACUCGAUGGUCUCCCUCUGGCCUCCGGUUUCAAAGGCAAGCUUAGAUACAUCCACUCGGCACCUCGACCAUGUGAUCCUCUCUUCCCACCUCCACCCGGACGGGAGCCGGAGAAAACAAGACUAUCGUCACAUUUCCUAUCGUUAGGAGUAGAGCCUACGCGAACAGCUGGAAACUCUGUAUUAAUAUCCCCAUACCUCAAGGAACAGGAGGAAGGAGUUCUAGGUCUUGGGGUCGAAGUCUUCAUUUACCACACCAAAUAUCUAACGACUAUAUUCGUGUCGAAAGCCGACACAAACGGCUAUAUCACUGCGCGAAACACCACGAAGCCGGCAUGUACUGCCUUCCUCCGAUGGUUGGUCAAUCGAGAACGAAGAAAGCAUCCACAUCGCAAGAUCGUGGUGUCCCUCUUCGCCCGCGCACAGUCACAGUAUCUUUUCCCAGGAUCUGCAGAGCAAAGCAGCAAACAUGUCCUCGACGAUCGGCAACUCAUCAAGUGGUGGGCAAAGGUACUGGAUCCUCUACUCGAUCUGCCAUGUACCGGCGAAAUUAAGCCAGAAAUCAACGGAUAUGUCACGAUCCCAGGGUACGACGCCCAGGAACUCCGAAGCUACCUUCCACGGACCCAACACGCAGACGGUCGUUCCUGGAGAGCUGGACACCCACUGGGUGAGCUCGCGGAAACUAGAGGCGUCUCUACGGCAGCGCCACCACGAUCAUUACUUCCUCGCUUUCCAGACGACCCUAAAGCAAGAUUCAUCCAAGAACUCGACGAUGAAGUCGGUCUUGCCGAGAUCGAUAUCACGAGCAGUCCAUCCAAGCAUAAGAGCGGCAGAUGGAAUAGUGUUCGUAACCUCGAUCGGUUUUGGGAGGCCAUGGAGUUCAGGCAGGAGUGUUCUUCUGGGCGGGUUGUAGGAUUUCUUUGGGUUGUGAUCUCGCCAUCACAGGUCGUCGGUAAGGAUGAUCUCGAGAGUGGUGCGAGUCAGGAGCAGCUUUCGCAGAACACGAUUAGUAGCGAGGCAGCUAUCGAGGGCACGCCAACGCCGACGCCUAAGAGGCGUGGGAAGCGCAAGCCAUUGACUGGACCGGUCGUGGCGAGACAGCCUCGACUCAAGGGUGGCUCUUCUUCCUUGACAGCCACUUCUACAGAUCUCGACGGCAUGCUAAACAGUGUCCGUGGCGACGGAUUACUGGUGUCCAGGGAAGGCUAUGACAAAGCAUUACAAACACUAAUGCACCUCGACUUUGCCAAUGUCGAAGCCGCCGCUCGAUCGACCAGCAAGUGGUUGGCCGAGGUGAGGAGUAUCUGUGGAUUAUCAGGAGAUUGGGCUGUGGACUUGGUAGGUACUGCUGCUCAUCCACCUGCUCGUGGUGGUGGGUACCUGUACCCGAAUGAGCAGGAAGCGCAGGUCAAUGAUUUGGGUGGGAUAGUGAAGAAGAAGCGGAGAGCUGGUGAUGUUGGUGCUGAGGCCGACGGGCCUGCGGUCAAUAUGCUCAGUGGUGGUGCAUUAAGGAAGAAGCCGAAGCCGAGCGCCACAUGA